AUGAGAAGGCUGAGGGUGUUUCUGCUCGUUCUGUUGCUGGGACCACACCUUUCAGUCCAGCUGGUGAUUCCGCCUUUCCAGAAACGACGCCGUGAGGCUUUCAAUUACGGCCAGCUUCCCCUCACCGAUAUUACAGGGCCGGGACCGGUGUUACCACCUGAGAUGGGUAGAUCGCCCGGUUCGGGAUCAUCUCCAGAUCCAAUUCCUAAGGGGAAAGUCGUCCUCUCUGAUAUCAUGGGUCGGGACAAGAGCAUCAGCAUGUUCGCUGGAUUCGUAAGAGACAGUGAGUGUGCGUUGAUUAGACUAGACGAUGAGGCCCAGAACACGACGGUUCUCGCUCCACUCAAUACUGAGGUUGAAAAGCUGCCCCAGAAGCCGUGGGAAGACCCCCAAGAGUAUGGCGCUCUCGGUAAAAAUGCGUACGAGGGAGAAGAAGGGAUUGAUAGGGCUAGGUGCAAUCUGCGCCGGUUCGUGGAGGAGCAUAUGGUACCAGUGAGCCCAUGGCGUGAGGGCGACACAGUCAGACCCGUUGGAGGAGGCCCGGCGCUCUGGUGGGAAGAGAAGGAUGGGAAACGAUUUAUCCAGCCUGAUGACAUAGAAGUGGUCAGCGUUGCCGGAACGGUUGCUAACGGCGAACUGAGACCGUAUGGUAGCAGUCGAAGCUACGCUAACAGACGCCUGAGGCCGCGUGACAACAUGGUCAACAUACAGCCUCCUCACGCCGCCAGCGGCUUCGACCGUGAUCGCGAACUGGACGAGCAGCGUCAUCGCGCCCUCCAUCCUGAGGAGAUUGCGCGGCGAGAGAGAGAAAUGGAGCGCGAUCGGGGCGAACAUGAGCGUGAUCGCGAUCGUGAUGAGGCUGACCGCCAGCACCGGGAAUCCUAUCCGCCCACCGCCCCUCAUCACAGCUCUACUGGCUCUAUUCCCAUCCACCAGCCAGUUGCGUCGCGCAUCUCGACAUCCAUCACCGGUCCUGGUGGCCUCCUUUCUAACCACGGAAGCUCGGCCCCGUCGAUGCCGAUGAGCGGUCCCUCUGCUCCUGGCCCCAGCUACAGCUCUUCCCUCCACAGCGAGCCCAGCAGGCCCUCUCAACAUGGCGGCCCCGGCACUGGCUCAGCCCCACAACAACAUCAGAUGUUUGCGCCCAUGUCCCACGGGCCAAACGGGCCGAACAGUUCGCUCGGCGGCUCGGGUGCUUCCGGCUCGAUGUUUGGCGGUCCUCUGCCGCAGGAGAAUAACCGCGGGCUUCCCCAGGAACCCUCGGGUGUCCGCAGUAUGCAGCAAAUGCCGUACAACUCCACCAUGGGCGGCGGCCAUUCCAUGCCUCCUGGUCCUGGUGGCAUGCCUCAGGGACAACAGCCUAUUCUCAAUGAUGCGCUGAGCUACCUUGACCAAGUCAAGGUGCAGUUUCAUGAACAACCGGAUGUCUACAAUCGGUUUCUUGAUAUUAUGAAGGAUUUCAAGAGCCAGACCAUCGACACUCCGGGUGUCAUUAGUCGCGUUUCCGAGCUUUUCGCCGGCCACCCCAAUCUUAUUCAGGGAUUUAAUACCUUCCUUCCACCAGGAUACCGUAUCGAGUGUGGCUUGGAGAACAACCCCAACAGCAUCCGGGUCACUACUCCCUCUGGCUCCACGAUUCACUCGAUCGGCGCUGGCCGGACGGCCCAACAUGAGCCUGCGCAACCAGCUCCUGGCCCGUCACAGGGUUACCUGAACCCGAGGCCGGGCUGGCAGCAGCCACAACUUGCCCACAGCGUGGAGAGUCCGGAAGCCACGUACAGCGUUCCGUCUCAGAGCGCUCCUUCUGGCUAUCCUGGCCCCGGACAGGCCGGACACUAUGAUAACACAAGUCCUGUUCAGCAGAGAGCGGCGCCUACGGCACCCAGCGGCCCGCCGCUGAGCCACGGGCCCCCACGAACCACCCACACGCCUGUUCCUGCCGCUGGUCCACCCCCGUCGACUGCUGGCCCGGGCCAGCAGUCAAAUCUCGAGAAGCGCGGCCCUGUGGAAUUCAACCAUGCCAUUAGCUAUGUUAACAAAAUCAAGAAUCGUUUCCAGGAUAAGCCCGAGAUAUACAAGCAGUUCCUAGAAAUUCUCCAAACAUACCAGCGCGAGCAGAAGCCGAUCCAGGACGUUUAUUCGCAGGUUACCAGCCUCUUCCAUUCGGCCCCGGAUCUGCUUGAAGAUUUCAAACAAUUCCUUCCCGAGUCGGCUGCGCAAACUCGGCCCAUGCCCCAGCGUCCAGAGGAUAACAUGCCGAUGCCCAUGGCAACGCCGACCCCCCAGCCUGGGCACAUUGCUCGCGAAGGCCCUAAGAUGCCUCCGGUCGGAAACUUCGCACCGCCUGCCAGCGCAAGCAAGGAAACGAAGAAGCGCCGGGUCGAUAAGGCACCCCCGGCGCCCGUUCUCUCCGCGCAAGAGCAAGCGGCGCAGUCGGCUUUGCGUAGCACGCUUCCCGCUGCGCCAUCUGCCGCCAAGCGCGCGAAACUCUCUCACAAACCGAAUGCCACUGACGGUUCUUAUGUCGAGCCAACCCUGACUCCCGUCAUGCCAGAACCUCUCGCGCCUUCGCCGCUCGCCGUUUCUGCUCAAGAUGAGUUCGCAUUUUUCGAAAAGGUCAAGAAGCACAUUGGAAACCGGACAGCGACAACCGAGUUUCUCAAGCUCCUGAAUCUCUGGAAUCAGGAUCUGAUCACAAAAGAUGUGCUCAUCUACAAGGCCAACCAGUUCAUGGGAGGAAAUGCGGAGCUUCUCAACGCAUUAAAGGCACUUGUUAGGUAUGACAGCCCUGAGGAUGUCGUUGAGAACCGUCCCGAGCCCCCUACAGGCCGGGUUUCCCUCAGCAAUUGUCGGGGUUUUGGGCCCAGCUAUCGUUUACUGCCGAAGCGCGAGCGUCUCAAGCCAUGCUCCGGUCGUGAUGAGCUCUGCCGGUCGGUCCUCAAUGAUGAAUGGGCGUCACACCCGACCUGGGCGUCUGAGGAUUCUGGUUUUGUCGCCCACAGAAAGAACGGCUACGAAGAAGGCCUCCAUCGCAUCGAGGAGGAAAGGCACGACUAUGACUUCUACAUCGAGGCGAACCAGAAGUGCAUUCAGCUCCUGGAGCCAAUCGCUCAGCAGAUGCUGUCACUACCCGUCCACGAGCGGGCCAACUUCAAGAUGCCUGCUGGUCUAGGCGGCCAAAGCACGUCAAUCUACAAGCGUGUGCUGAAGAAGAUCUAUGGACCCGAGAAAGGUUGCGAGGUUGCUAACGACCUGUUCAAGAAUCCUUUCACCGUGGUUCCCAUCGUCAUGGCCCGCCUGAAGCAAAAGGAUGAAGAAUGGCGCUUCACCCAGCGUGAAUGGGAAAAGGUAUGGCAGGCUCAGACUGAGGCAAUGCACCUCAAGAGUCUUGAUCACAUGGGUAUCCAAGUCAAGACCAACGACAAACGGAACCUUGCUGCCAAACACUUGGUCGAUCUGAUCAAGACCAAGCACGAGGAACAGCGUCGCAUCCGGGCUGCUAAGGGCAAGACUCCGCGCUACCAAUUCCUCUACUCGUUCAAGGACGAGUCACUUCUGCUCGACCUGCUCCGCUUUAUGGUUCUUUAUGCUCACAACGCUGGUCAACACAAUGCCCAAGAACGCAGGCGUAUCCUCGAGUUCUUCGAGACCUUCAUCCCUGCCUUCUUCGACAUCUCUGAUGACAAGGUUCAGGAGCGUCUUGCCGAUAUUGAACAGGACUCAGCUGAGGAAGACGAAGAUGACGCCACCCCGAUCGAGCUUACCAACGGCCGUCGCCGCAACGGUAAGAAGGGCGAUCUCCUUCGCGGAGUCCUUGAUCCCGGCCGGAAUGGCAGCCGUAGCCGUGGGCAGAAGGAAGGCAGUGCAGCCUCGGGCAGCAAAGAGACGACGCCAGAAGUUGGCUCGGCGAAUGAAGAAGAGAUGCAGGAUGCGCCAGAGGACUCAACGGUUCCGGAGGUCUCAAACAGCCGCUGGUUGCCGACAGUCCCUGGCCCCAUCAUCGUCGAGAAGAGCAAGGGUGGAAAGGGAGCCGAUCUGGUCAACGUGGAUGGUGAGCUCAAGGCUGACGCACCGUUUGAGCGGACUUGGUACAAUUUCUACUGCAACCAGAACAUCUACGUCUUUUUCACCAUCUUCCAAACACUGUACGAGCGUUUGGAAGGUGUCAAGCACGACACGGACAGCGUGCUCGAGGAGAUUCGCCGCGAGUCGGCCGAAAAGCCGGCCAAGAUCCUCGGCAUGGUGCACGAUGGCCUGCAUUACUUCGACGGUCUGCAGCCCCAUGAGUUCUGGGGCAAGACCGUUAAACACAUCGAGGACUUCAUAACCGGCGAAAUUGAUGAGGCACGUUACCAAGACGUCUUGCGCCAUUACUAUCUAAAGAAGGGUUGGAAGUUGUACACAAUCAACGACCUCCUCAAGACACUCUGCCGUCUUGCGCUCAGCUGCAAUAACCCCGAUUCUAAGGGCGAAAAGACCAAGGAACUGGUAAAGGCCUACCUCGAAAGUCGCCAACAGACAGAGACCAGUUUCCAGAAUGAGAUCAGCAUGCGCAAGUUCGCUGAGAAGUGUAUCAAAGAUGGCGAGAUGUUUGUCAUUGCUUGGUACCCUAAGAGGAAGGAGGUCACUGUCCGUUGGCUCCAGAAGGACGAGACAACAUUUUACAUGGACGAGAUGGAGCGCAUCCAACAGUGGCAGUACUACAUUUCAUCCUACAUGCGGGUUGAGCACACCGAAGGUAUUGUCCGUUCACGUCUGCAGAAGGUGCUCCUCGAGCGCAACCUCCCCUCGGAUGCAAAGGAUGGUGCUGAUGGCGAGGGCGGUUACACGCCCAAGCCUCUCGUCAUCCACGAAGGUUUGGUCGUGCGCAUCUGCUUGAACUCCUCUAAGAUGGUAUUUGAGAAGGGCACGUCGGACUACUUUAUCUACAAUACCACGGGCAAUCGCACGCCUGAGGAAGAGGAGGAGCAUAAGGCCAAGCAGGCGUUUUGCCGCGAGCUUCGUGCCGAGAAGCUCAAAGAGAAGAUGGUUACCAACAACGCCUGGAUGAAGGGCCUCAGCCAUGAGGAGGUGCAAAAAGUCAACAACGAGUACCAGAAGUGGAAGGAAGGCGAGCUGCUGCCGAAUGGGCUGAAGAUUGAUCAAGACCAGCCCCAGCAGCAGCGAGGGGUUGGUGCCGAUGUGGCGAUGGACGCGUAUACCAGGCAAUUACAGAUCUAUGCCAUUGGACAGUUACAGAAGACCUCAUUCUCAACCAGCUCAAGGUGGAGAUCGAUCGAAGGAGAAAAUGCCGGGGAGGAAAAGGUCCAGGCUACUCCUACCACAGGUUCGAAGCCGGUUUAUCCUGAGAGGAUGAUCAUCUACCAUGGCGGCACGCUCAGAACAACCUUCCUUGCCUGUCUCAAACUUUCAACCUUUUUCGUCUUCGGCUUCUUUGACCUCCUCAUGGUUCCCUCUUACCUAGCCGCCAACCAGCCCUGGCAACAAACUCUCUUCAUCGCCCUCUGCGGAAUCGUCCCAACCGCUUACGUGCACUACACCACUGCCCCCUACGUCGCGGCAAUCCACAUCCACGUGCCUCCUUACGCUCGCUGGUCGCGCCAGAUCCUCGAACGCUUUGCUCGCACCGCACCUCCUUCCACCAAGCUGGACAUCACGACAAUAAGCGCAAUCGGAAAGCCCCGGGUGAGCAGCAUGACUCUGGGGGACCUUCGGCCGACGCGGGCGCGUUUCGGCAUUGUCAACUUUGCGCGCGACACGACCAAGCUGAACAGUGAGCGGGCGUGGUGGCGUUGGAGGGCUGUUGGGCAGUUUGGUGUGCAGGAGGCGUCUCAGGGGUUGAACGAGAAGAGGUUGAAGAAUGGCUGGGUGUGGAGCUUGUUGGCAGAAACAAUAAGGAAUAGAGCCGGACCGGCAAAGAAAUGA